GCUUCUCCAUUGUUGGGCGCUAUCACCCCGGGAGGGGCUGGGCUGGACCCGGCGCGCCCGACUUGGAGGAGCGACGCGUCUGGAGAACCCGGACGUGGAGAGAGGGGGCGCUGCCCGAGAAGACGCGGACCGGACGGGUGGAGACCUGCAAAAGUCGGGGGCAGGGGGCACUCUUCCUAUUUUCCCAGACGACAGGGCAUCCGUCAUCCAGCUCGCCCACCCCGUCCUGGAGGCAGCAACUGCCCAGCCGCCCCUGGUAUUGUUAACGGGCCUGAGCACUGGCUCGGAGUCUUUGGAGGCCGGGAGGUGGCUCCUUCGUCAUGUUUUGCUGGGAGGGUGGCGCGCGUGUAGAGGGAAGUUAUCUCACGACAAAGCCAGCAGCACCAGUCCCUGCCAGGAUUUAUAAGCUCUAAGACUCCCGGAAAGUUUCCCUAACUUGCUUCCUACUCAGGGAGAAGUGGUGCCGGGUCCUUGCCGGUGAAGAAGCAGAAAGUCGAGUCUUCCAUCUGCCUUCGAGAGUCAGGAGUCGCCUAGCCCUCCCCUGCCCGGUCCCCUUGCAAAUGGCUCCUGGUUUGGAGGGAGUCAAGGUUCGGGAAUUCCGGCCAGUGUUCCAGAUGAGGGACAGAGUAAAGAGGGAUCCACCUCCGCUGCCCACAGCUGCCAUCUGAGGGCCUAAUGGGCGACUGCAAGGGGGUUAGAAGCUGGUGAUGAGGUGGCUGAAGUGACAUCAUUGGGAGUGGGGGUGGGGCUGUUGGGACAGGAAGGAGGAGGAGGCCUGCUGGAGUGGAGUUACUACCCUCUCCUCCCCCAAGAUGCCUCGUUCUUGGAUGGUGAGAGCUGGAAGUGGGGAAGAAAUGUGUCCAGGGAGAAGUGACCUUCCCACAGUCUCCAGCAAGCUAGGGGGUUGUGGACACAGGUCUGCUGCAGUCUGUGCCAUUGUGGCCUACUGUGGUAUGCCCACAGCCUGGUCUCCAUCCACAAGGCCCCAGAGGGCUGGCUUUGCCCUCAUGUGCAGCAGCUACCCAGAUCCUGCAGCCACUGACCUACUUCCCCACAGGGCCAAGCUUGGCUGGCAGAUGAGGCUCUAUCCUUGUGCUCAGGACCAGGGUUAAUCAUAGCCUCAGGAGGACCAGGGUGGGACUGGGGAUGCUGGGCUAGACCCUGUCAUGGUCUGUGCCCUGGACUCUAGCCUCAGCCUCCUUUGCCUGGAAUGAGAUACAGCCCCCCUCAAACACACACACACACACACACACACACACACACACAUUGUGACAACGCCUGCUCCCAUCCUGGGCACUAUAUUUUUCCAGAACACCUAUUAGGCUCCCCGUAAGUACCAGGCACCAUCCUGGGAGCUGGGAAUAGUCACAGCCCUGACCCUGAAAGUAUACCCUGCAGGUGAAGGAGGCAGGCUUGUAACUAACUGCAGGUGGCACAGUAUUUUUGUUUUUGUUUUUGUUUUUGUUUUGAGACAGAGUCUUGCUCUGUCACCCAGGCUGGAAUGUAAUGGUACAAUCUCGGCUCACUGCAACCUCCACCUCCUGGGUUCAAGCGAUUCUCCUGCUUCAGUCUCCUGAGUAGCUUGGACUACAGGGAUGUGUCACCAUGCCUGGCUAAUUUUUGUAUUUUUAGUAGAGACAGGGUUUCACCAUGUUGACCAGGCUGGUCUCGAACUCCUGACCUCAAAUGAUCUGCUUGCCUUCGCCUCCCAAAGUGCUGGGAUUACAAGCAUGAGCCACUGCACCUGGUGGGUGGCACAGUAUUAUGGGCAGUGGUGAGGGCUUCCUGGAAGAGGCAGGCUUGGAAGGAAAGAUUGGAAGCUGAGUUCUUGAGAAGACGGUUUUCAGGGAGGCUGAUGCUAAUAUUGUUGCUGUCUCACUUAAUUCCUGCACCCCUAAUGAAGCCUUUGGCACUGUUCCUGGCUCAUAUAUGGAAAAGGAGCCAGGGCGUAGGGGUGGGAGAUGUGCAGAGAUGUGCAGCUUCUUGAGAAAGAAAGGUAUCUGAGACUCCACCUUUGCUGGGGGAGGGAUGGGCCCUGCAGACCCCUGCUUCUCUGGCCCUGCUGGUCUGCAGCUGUCGGCCUGGCCUGGCAGCCAAAGGCCAGGAACCAGGAGGGAAAGCAGAAAUGAGACAGUCUCAGAAGGAACUGGAGCUUCCCAGCAAAAGCUGGUUGUUUGUUUGCUGUGGGCCAGGUGCUAUGCUGAGCCUGAGGACACAGUCUCAGCCCUCAGAGGACUCCACAUUCCAUUAGAGGAGACAGAAAUAGGAUCAAACUCACAAUGGUGUCAGAGUGUGAGGGGUUCUGCAGCUGUAGGCCCAGCGACAGGGACAGCAGAGACUCAGAAAGGUUUAUGCCAAGGCCCUUUUGAGCUGGAGACUCCCCCCCAGGAGAGGGAGGGAAGGAGGCAUUUGGAGGAAGGGAUGCUUGUAACCAAGUCAUGGAGAGAUGGCGAGAAGGCUGGAAAGUAAGGAGUGAGGGGCUGAAGGAAGCAUCAGACACAGGUACUGAGGCAUUCCCAUGGGCCCGGCCUGCUCUGUGCCCCAGGGGCCAGGCAUGGAGAGCUGGCUGGUGGGACGGAACCAGGGCCAAAGGCCAGCCAUAUUGGGUGUCAGAGGCCUAUUGCAUCUCCCAACCCCCAAAUUCUCUACCACACAGCUGCUCCCUGGUUGCCUGUGAGUGGCCCAGAAACGGCUUUCUCAGCCAGCCACCUGGUCUCCCCUCCCGUCUGUUUCCUCCUGCCCCAAGGACAGGCCCUGAUUCCACUUUCCAGAAGCUUGACUGAAGAGAUCCUGUUUGACUUUGGUGCUCUGUCCUGGUGGAAGGCGGCCGUGGGGACAAGCAAGGUCCUAAAUUCUCACUGUUCCCUCUGCUCACUGCCACGAGCACCUGUGAAAAUAGAAAAAGCCAUGAAUUAUUAAGCACUGGCACUCCGUCUCUCAGCCUGCCUCCCUCCUUCACCUUGGACCAGGCACAGCAGGCCCUGUGAGUUCCUCUUUCCAGGCUGAGAGGCGGCUGCUGAGUCACAGAUUUGAAGUCCUUGGCACCCAUGUUCCCUGCCUGCCUUGGUGACCUUGAAUCCUCGGCCUCAGGAGAGCUCUGACCUGGCAACAGGAGGGGGUCCUGCCUCCACCCCAGUUACCCCAAAGGUGACCUGACCCUGAUUCUGUGGACCCAGAGUGGCUGACGGUCAUGCCCUGGAGCUGAGAAUAGGACCCCACAGCCCUGCCAGACUUGCACCUAGCUGCGGAGCUGGGGAAGACUCUGCUGGAGAGGAAUAAGGAGCUGGAGGGAUCCCUGCAGCAGAUGUACUCCACCAAUGAGGAACAGGUGCAGGAGAUCGAGUACCUAACCAAGCAGCUGGACACGCUGCGGCACGUGAACGAGCAGCAUGCCAAAGUCUAUGAGCAGCUGGACCUGACAGCCCGGGACCUGGAGCUGACCAACCACAAGCUGGUGCUGGAGAGUAAGGCUGCCCAGCAGAAGAUCCACGGGCUGACAGAGACCAUUGAGUGCCUCCAGGCUCAGGUGGAAGAGCUGCAGGCCCAGGUGGAGCAACUGAGGGGCCUGGAGCAGCUGCGAGUGCUCCGGGAGAAGCGGGAACGCAGGCGUACCAUCCAUACCUUUCCCUGCCUCAAGGAGCUGUGCACCAGCCCCCGGUGCAAGGAUGCUUUCCGCCUGCACAGUUCCUCCCUGGAGCUGGGCCCGCGACCCCUGGAGCAGGAGAACGAGCGGCUGCAAACCCUGGUGGGGGCGCUGCGCUCCCAGGUGAGCCAGGAGCGGCAGCGCAAGGAGCGGGCAGAGCGCGAGUACACAGCGGUGCUGCAGGAGUACUCGGAGCUGGAGCGUCAACUGUGCGAGAAGGAGGCCUGUCGCCUGCGCGUGCAGGAGCUGGAGGCCGAGCUGCUGGAGCUGCAGCAGAUGAAGCAGGCCAAGACCUACCUGCUGGGCCCGGACGACCACCUGGCCGAGGCCCUGCUCGCACCUCUCACACAGGCCCCUGAGGCCGACGAUCCCCAGCCCGGCCGCGGGGACGACUCGGGUGCCCAGGACGGCGUCUCCUCGCCGGCCGCCUCCCCAGGCCACGUGGUGCGCAAGAGCUGCAGCGACACCGCACUCAACGCCAUCGUGGCCAAAGACCCAGCCAGCCGGCACGCAGGCAACCUCACACUGCACGCCAACAGCGUGCGCAAGCGGGGCAUGUCCAUCCUGCGGGAGGUGGACGAGCAGUACCACGCGCUGCUGGAGAAGUAUGAGGAGCUAUUGAGCAAGUGCCGGCAGCACGGGGCUGGGGUGCGGCACGCUGGCGUGCAGACCUCGCGUCCCAUCUCCCGAGACAGCUCGUGGAGGGACCUGCGGGGGGGUGAAGAGGGCCAGGGGGAGGCCAAGGUGGGCGAGAAGAGCCUGAGCCAGCACGUAGAGGCCGUGGACAAGCGGCUGGAGCAGAGCCAGCCCGAGUACAAGGCACUCUUCAAGGAGAUCUUCUCCAGGAUCCAGAAGACCAAGGCUGACAUCAACGCCACCAAAGUCAAGACGCACAGCAGCAAGUGAUCCUUGCUCGACCUGCAGCCUCCCUCAGGGUGGAGGCUGUGGGUCCCUCAGGCCUAGGCGGUGCAGCCUCCAGAGAGCACCCUUUAGCGGCCGGCCACUGCAGCACGCCGCCCCCUGAUCCGGAAGCACAGCAUGCUCCCUGCUGAGCAGAGGAAGCCCACCUGUCCUGCCUCCCAGGAGCCCUUGGCCACCUCGCGCCAGCCCAAAGGCGCAGCUCAGAGUUCAAAGCCAAAUGUCCCCACACCCCCCAGGGAUCCCCUAGCUCCCCCGGCCCCCAGCUUCCUGACCCUGCGCCUCACCUUCAAGCAGGCUUCUGAAAGCCAGUCUGGAUCAGUUGGCUUUUUAAAAUUUUUUGGUUAUGUUUGUUUUUUCUUAGAGAUUUGCAAUGCAAGGUCUCCUUGACCCCUUGCCACAACUGGAAACACUUGAAAGGGGACCCCAGAGCCAGCUGUUUCAGGGGCUUCCUGGACCACCUACUGCUUCUCCCCAGCCCUGAUGCGCUGAUAUUUCCUUAGCACCAGCUGUCCCACCCCCAGGGUCCUGACCAGGUCAGACAUGUCCCCUGUCAUGCAGAGCAGGAAGCCUCAGCUGGGCCCAGAGUGUCCCUGCCCCAGCCCUGCCAAGGACAGGCUUCUCCCUGGAUACCCUGGGCCCACUGCAGAUCUGUAGCUACUCAGAGGAGGAGAAGGAGCCCCUCCACAGAGCGGUGCACUGUGUCCCUCAGAGCCGGCCUCCUCGGCUUCCAGCCCCGGAAAUCCCUGCCAGGCUUUAAGCCUUCCAAGGGCCGGGACAGUGGGGUGCCCCCAUCCCUUCAUACCGCCUCCAACUAACUGAGCUUGGCCUCUGCCUCUCCUCUCUGUGCUUGCCCCAUCUCAGGGACCAUGAUGUCUCAUUCACUGCACACUCCCCACAGGCCAACCCUGGCACAGGUCAUGUCUGCAGCCCCCAGAAUGUUCUGGAUAUGCACUACCAGCCAGUGGUUCCAGUGUCCACUCCUGCCUCCCCUUCACUGGGGACUGGGAUUUUCACCCCAUGCUGCAUCAUGUUGAAUUGGGAUGGGGUUAAGGAACAUGUUCCCUCCCUCCCUUCCUCCCAUAUAUUGCCUGCUCUUAACCUCCCACCUUUGUGGGGGGCUUUUGAGGACCCAGCUGGGUCAGGGGUUUUGCUUCAAGAUGUCAGAGUCAAGGUUCAGCUAAGAGACACCCAUGUCCCCAGCUUGCCCUGAGCAGUCCUCCAGGGCUUCUAGUUCCUUCUGCCACCCUUCCUGAGACCCUAGAAACCAGAGGAGCCAUAGAGUCAGCGGAAGGCGGGGGCCCUGGCCUCAGCACUGGGAGCCCAGUGGAAACCUUCAUGCCUUAUUUAUUUCUAAUGGGUAAAGGGGUUUUCUUGCCAAGCAUCCCUUACCUCCUGGAAGCACCACCUGCUUUCUGGGCGGCACUGUGAUGGGAGCUGGUGGUGACUUUGCGUCCCUCUAUACAUGCAACUUGGAAACUUUUGUCUUUGGGACUAGGCAGCUCCCUGCCCUCCAUGUGUCUCUGUUUUCUGGGGGAGAGGAGUGUGGAAGGGUGGGGGGAAGAGCUCCAACCUGUUUGCUCCCCAGCUCUGUAGUGGCAGACCAGCGUCACCUUUGAAGUAUACAUGAGAGAAAUAUAUUUACAAAUGCUUUAUUCUCUUCUUUAAUAAAAAAUGCACCAGUAUUCUAAAAGCA